CGGGGCUCCGGUACCGGCGGGGCUCGGGAGGUCUCGGGGUGCGGCGGCGAAUCUGCGGAACGGCGGCGCGCGCUGGGCCGGGGACCCGCGUGGGGACCGGACCGGCACCGGGAACGGGAACGGGACAGAGAAACCCUCUCGGGACUGGGGUUAGGACCGGACCGGCACCGGGAACGGAACAGGGACCGGGACCGGGAUCCGGACUGGGACAGAGAAACCCUCUCGGGACCGGGAUUAGGACCGGACCGGCACCGGCACCGGGAACGGGACCGGGACAGAGAAACCCACUCGGGACCGGGAUUAGGACCGGACCGGCACCGGGAACGGAACAGGGACCGGGACCGGGAUCCGGACUGGGACAGAGAAACCCUCUCGGGACCGGGAUUAGGACCGGACCGGGACUGAGAACGGGACCGGCACCGGGAACGGGAACGGGACCGGGACAGAGAAACCCUCCCGGGACCGGGAUUAGGACCGGACCGGGACUGAGAACGGGACCGGGACCGGGAUCCGGAUCGAGACAGAGAAACCCUCUCGGGACUGGGACCGGAAGCGGGACCGGGAGCCCCACUCGGCCGCUCCAUGGCCGAUCCCAUCCCGGUUCCGGUGCCCGUCCUGCGCCUCCCGCGGGGCCCCGACGGCUCCGGCGGCCGCGGCUUCUCCCGGGACCCCCGGGGCGGGGCCGGUGCCCGGGACACCGAGAAUCUCUGGGACCGGGACCAUUCCCGGGACCGGGACAAUUCCCGGGGCGGUUCCCGGGACCGGGACCAUUCCCGUGACGAUUCCCAGGACCGGGAGAAUUCCCGGACCGAUUCCCGGGACCGGGAGAAUUCUGGGGCCGGUUCCCGGGACUCGGACGAUCACGGGGCCGGUUCCCGGGACCGGAACAAUUCCCGUAACGAUUCCCGGGACCGGGACAAUUCCUGGGACCGGGACAAUUCCGGGGCCGGUUCCCGUGACAAUUACCGGGACUGGAACAAUUCCCAGGACCGGGAGGAUCCCGGGGCCGGUUCCCGUGACCGGAACAAUUCCCGGGACUGGGAGAAUUCCGGGGCUGGUUCCCGGGACCGGGACAGCUCCCGUGACCGGGAGAAUUCCCGGACCGGUUCCUGUGACCGGGAGAAUUCCCGGGAUCGGGAGAAUUCCGGGGCCGGUUCCCGUGACGAUCCCGGGGCCGGUUCCCGUAACCGGGAGGAUCCCGGGGCCGUUUCCCGUGCCGAUCCCGGUUCCCGUGCCGAUUCCGGUGCCCCGGUGGCGGCGGAGCAGCAGCAGCAGCAGCAGCAGCAGCGGGCUCGGGCGGCGCUCCGUUCCCGGUUCCUGCGGCUGCUGGGCCGGGCCCGGGGCCGGCGGGGCCGGUUCCGCCUCUGGAACGGGCUCGGCCUCCGCGCCACCUUCGGGGCCGCCGACGUGCACAGCGGCCAUUUCCAGGUGGAUUCUCUGCAGACGCCGUUGGGAGUUCAGCGCGCGGCGCUGCUGCGCUCCGGGGACGUCCUGGAAUUCUCCUUCCCGCUGGAAUUCCCGGAAUUCUCCUCCCCUCUGGAAUGAGCCCUGAAAUUCCCGAAUUCUCCUCCCCUCUGGAAUUCCCGGAUUCAGCCCCCGUGGGAAUAAAUCGAUUUUUUUUCUGCUUUUCCA